GCCACCACUGGUCCAAGCCAUCUUUAGUGGCGACCCUGAGGAAAUACGCAUGCUCAUCCACAAGACGGAGGACGUGAACACUCUGGAUUCUGAGAAACGGACCCCUCUUCAUGUGGCUGCGUUUCUGGGAGAUGCAGAGAUCAUUGAACUCCUGAUCCUGUCAGGGGCUCGUGUGAAUGCCAAGGACAACAUGUGGCUGACCCCCCUGCAUCGGGCUGUGGCCUCCAGGAGUGAAGAAGCUGUGCAAGUGUUGAUCAAACACUCGGCGGACGUCAACGCUCGGGAUAAGAACUGGCAGACACCCCUUCACGUGGCCGCGGCCAACAAAGCUGUCAAGUGUGCGGAAGCCAUCAUUCCCAUGCUUAGCAGUGUCAACGUGUCCGACCGUGGGGGGCGCACAGCUCUGCACCAUGCAGCCCUGAAUGGCCAUGUGGAGAUGGUCAAUCUGCUCCUGGCCAAGGGGGCGAAUAUCAACGCCUUUGACAAGAAGGACCGGCGCGCUCUGCAUUGGGCGGCGUACAUGGGCCAUCUGGAUGUUGUGGCAUUGCUCAUUAACCGCGGUGCGGAGGUGACCUGCAAGGACAAGAAGGGCUACACACCCUUGCACGCUGCGGCCUCCAAUGGGCAGAUUGGUGUGGUCAAGCAUCUACUGAACCUGGGAGUGGAGAUCGAUGAGGCCAAUGCGUAUGGCAAUGCGGCGCUGCACAUCGCUUGCUACAAUGGGCAGGAUGCGGUGGUCAGUGAGCUGGUGGACUAUGGCGCCAACGUGAACCAGCCCAACACUGGCGGUUUCACACCCUUGCACUUUGCUGCUGCCUCCACACAUGGCGCGCUAUGUCUCGAGCUGCUGGUGAACAACGGCGCGGAUGUGAAUGUCCAGAGUAAAGAUGGCAAAAGCCCAUUGCACAUGACAGCCGUCCAUGGAAGAUUCACUCGGUCACAAACCCUCAUUCAGAAUGGAGGUGAGAUUGACUGCGUGGACAAGGAUGGCAACACUCCCCUCCAUGUGGCUGCAAGACAUGGCCAUGAGCUACUGAUCAACACCCUGAUCACCAGCGGAGCCGACACAGCCAAGUGUGGGGUCCACAGCAUGUUCCCCCUACACUUGGCUGCCCUAAAUGCGCACUCUGACUGCUGCAGGAAGCUGCUGUCAUCUGGCUUUGAAAUAGACACCCCUGAUAAAUUUGGAAGAACGUGCCUUCAUGCCGCUGCUGCAGGAGGUAAUGUGGAGUGUAUAAAACUCUUGCAGAGCAGCGGAGCAGAUUUCCAUAAAAAGGACAAAUGUGGAAGGACCCCUCUGCACUAUGCUGCUGCCAACUGUCAUUUCCACUGCAUCGAGGCCUUGGUGACUACAGGGGCCAGUGUGAAUGAGACGGAUGAGUGGGGGCGCACGGCUCUACACUAUGCUGCUGCAUCAGAUAUGGACAGAAAGUGUCUGGAGUUUCUGCUUCAGAAUGAUGCGGACCCCUCCAUCCGGGACAAGGAGGGAUACAACAGCGUACAUUAUGCUGCUGCCUAUGGACACAGGCAGUGUCUGGAGCUGGGUCUACACGUCAACCUUGACAAGUUAACAUCAUUAGUCAUCAAGGUCUACGUGUCAGCUUUACUAGGUUUACAAAUGUUUGUAAACAUCACUUGUCAUCAGGGUCUACAUGUUGGCUUUGAUAGUUUUGCAAACAUCAUUCGUUAUCAGUGUCUACAUGUCAGCUUUGACAGGUUUGUAAAUGUCAUUCGUCACCAGGGACGACAUGUCAGCUUUGACAGUUUCACAAAUAUCAUUAGUUCUUACCAGUCCUGCAGGACUGAUGGAGUAAAUACUGGAUAUUGUCAUGUUUUCCUUAUUGCCCAUUUGCUGGUGAAAAUGGAUAUGAAGUGCCUGACUUUCUUGUUCCUCGAGGUGGACAAGCUUUCCAAGGAGAAGGGAAUGCAGGAUGGGCUAGAACACCUCUUGGAAAGGACCAACAGUGGUUUCGAGGAAUCCGAUUCUGGUGCUACCAAGAGCCCGCUGCAUUUAGCCGCUUACAAUGGGCACCACCAAGCCCUGGAGGUGUUGCUGCAGUCGCUGGUGGACCUGGACAUUAGGGAUGAGAAGGGCCGCACAGCCCUGGACCUGGCUGCCUUCAAGGGACACACAGAGUGCGUGGAGGCGCUUCUCAACCAGGGUGCGUCCAUCCUAGUGAAAGACAGUGUCACCAAGAGAACCCCACUGCAUGCCUCAGUAAUUAAUGGCCACACGCUGUGUUUGCGACUUUUGCUAGAAAUUGCGGACAACCCAGAAGUGGUGGACGUGAAAGACGCCAAAGGACAAACCCCACUGAUGCUUGCAGUAGCAUAUGGACAUAUUGAUGCUGUUUCAUUGUUACUUGAAAAGGAAGCAAACGUAGAUGCUGUGGAUGUCCUAGGAUGCACAGCUUUACACAGAGGGAUCAUGACAGGACAUGAGGAGUGUGUGCAGAUGCUGCUGGAGCAGGAAGUGUCAAUUCUCUGUAAAGAUUCUCGAGGGAGGACACCCUUGCACUAUGCAGCUGCCCGCGGCCAUGCCACGUGGCUGAGUGAGCUGCUCCAGAUGGCUCCCUCAGAGGAGGACUGUUGCUUCAAGGACAACCAUGGCUACACACCACUGCACUGGGCCUGCUACAAUGGUAAUGAAAACUGCAUAGAAGUCCUCUUGGAGCAGAAGUGUUUCCGCCAGUUUAGCGGCAAUCUCUUCACCCCGCUGCACUGUGCAAUAAUAAAUGAUCAUGAGAGCUGUGCAUCAUUGCUACUUGGGGCCAUAGAUUCCAGUAUCGUCAGCUGUAGAGAUGAUAAAGGCAGGACACCCCUUCACGCGGCAGCAUUUACUGACCACGUGGAGUGCCUGCAGCUGCUUCUGAGACACAAUGCCCACGUGGAUGCCGUGGACAGUUCGGGGAAGACAGCACUGAUGAUGGCUGCAGAGAAUGGGCAGGCGGGUGCCGUGGAUGUUUUGGUGAACAGUGCCCAGGCUGACCUGGCUAUGAAGGAUAAGGACCAGAACACACCCUUGCAUCUGGCUAGUAGUAAAGGUCAUGAAAAAUGUGCCUUGUUAAUCCUUGACAAGAUACAAGACGAGAGCCUUAUUAAUGCAAAAAAUAAUGCACUGCAGACACCCCUCCAUGUAGCCGCACGCAAUGGCUUGAAGGUGGUCGUGGAGGAGCUGCUGGCCAAGGGGGCCUGUGUACUUGCUGUAGAUGAAAAUGGUCACACCCCGGCCCUGGCUUGCGCUCCUAACAGAGACGUGGCUGACUGCCUGGCCCUCAUUCUGGCUACCAUGAUGCCUUUCUCUCCUUCCAAUACAAUGGCGGCUGUCAACUUCGUUUGUUUAAAAAAAGACCAUUUGAGCAGGACGACCCUCUCCAAUCUGGGGAGCAUGGUCAGCCUGUGCAGCAACAACGUAGACUCGGAGGACGGGUACAACGAGAACGACUCUGACUCGGAGACCUUUUGACUUUGGAAGGUAGAAGCCUUUCCUUGGUUGCCCGCAUGGCAGGAAGGAAAAGCAGCUUGAAUUCCAGGUCUCUGUUGUAUCCAAGUAGGAUUUGGGGCCUGGGCUUUCAGAAGCCAAUAGAAAAGGAACUAAACCAGGAGGGCAGCGGGACAGCAGGGCAGAGCACCCACACAGGCAGCCCCAUUUGUCUCCUUUUGCGAUUUCCUGAGAUCUAAGGCACUUCUGGGAAAGUCUACCUCUCAUCCUAAGGAAGAGAUAAAAAGUGUUCAAUUCCUUUUCUCUGGGGAUAAGGCAGCUGUUUGCUAGCAAGAAUUUGUGUUUCACACACUCAGCAGUGAUUUCUUGAUGUGUAUCCAUGUGACAUUCACAUCCACGGGAGGAGGGAGAGGUAGACAGGAAAUGCCUUGACCCCCUUCUCCCUUUGAUGUUUACUUCCUCACUCAAAGCCAAAGGUAAAGGUGUUCAUCUGCAGAAAUAAGGCCUGUGAUAAAGGGAGUCCAGCUGUUUCUGUCCCCUCUGUAGUAAGUAUUUAAAUAUCCAGAACUUCUUUCCGAGGUCUUUGCUAGAGUUACCAGAUGCAUUGAAAAACUGAACUUGCUUUUUUUGCUUAACACAAAUGUGGCAUCCAGUGUUCCCCAUAACAAGCCUGCGACUAAUUUUCGCCCAAGUAAUCGA